AUGACCCCUAAGCUCCAAAAGCAGCAUGAACAUAUGGAUGUCCAAUCCAUGAUUCUUCACCUUGGAGAACUGUUCGAUAAGGAAAGGCGCACUAAGAGAUAUGAGAUCUCUAAAGAACUAUUCCAAUGCAAGAUGGUAGAAGGUAAUUUUGUUAGACCUAAUGUGAUGAAGAUGAUUGGACUCAUUGAAAGACUUGGACAAUUGGGAUUAGCAAUGGAUCAUGAGCUAAGAAUAUACUUAGUUCUACAAUCUCUUCCUGAUAGCUCUGGUCAGUUCGUGUUGAACUUCCAUAUGAAUCGAUUGGAAGCCACUCUUCCCAAACUUCUAAAUAUGGUAGACACGGUAGAGAGGUCCAUCAGGAAAGAUAAAGGAUCAUUGCUUCUUGUUUCUUCUUCCAAGGCUCAUACAAAGCAACAAAAAAAGAAAGCCCAAAAAAAGGAAGAAAGUAAAAUCCCAAAAUGA